AUGGCAGCUGUCCAACGCUCGCGUCUUCGCGGAAACAACACCUCUUCCUCCGCGACCUCUGUCCACACCAAGAGGCAGCUUGGCACGUCUCCGACUAUUCAUGCCAAUGGAGGAGGCCAUGGUGCUGGGGCGGCGGCACCGUUGGCCGUCUUUCUGACGAACCUACGACUUCUUGAGUUGGAUUUGCUGCCGGACUGGCCCGGCAUCACCAUGGAGACGUUUGCGAGUACCACAUCGGCGGGGGCGUUGCAGGGCCAAAGAAGGAGGAUUCAGUGUGUCGAGUGGGCAUUGGUGAGGUUGUUUGAGCUGUGGGAUCCCCAAGAAGCUGCGAGACUCGAGCCUUUUUUCCCGCCUCUCGACCAACUGCAGUCUGUCAGUCUUCGAUCCGCAAUACUAAGAGCCCUCGAUACGGCCAAGAAGAAUGGCAUACUCGGCCGCGAUUCCGUCAUACGGAAGACGAUGCUGGAUGACUGCAAGGGCGAGCGGCUGGAAGAGGUGCUGGCUUACUUCUCCACGGCCGUGCUGAAAAAAGUGGCCCAAGAAGAUUUGAAGGCCCGCGGUGCUCACCCACCGAUAUCCGUCAGCCUAGCGUGCGAGAAUAGAGGAUACAGCAGCGACGACAGCGACCUGAAGGCUCUGAUUCUGGCUCACAAGGCUUCCCUUGGGCGUGCCUUGGAACGCAGGGACGAAGCGCGAGCCAGGUACCGCGACUUUGGCGACCUUGUCAGCGUAAAAGAGCGAGGAGUCCGUCGCAGAGCGGAGGCUAUCCGAGCAGCAGUAGAGGCUGACUGCCGCCGAGAUGCGCUGUCGAACAAUGCAAGAGAGGAGAUGCGUCGCCUCGUGCGGAACAACUGGUCUGGAAACGAAAACUGGAUGGAGACCCUUGUGCAGGGCGACUCUCACGCUCAAGGCGCGGGACUGCUCGAAAUGCCCUUUGACCGAGUGUGGAGACGGGUUGAGCAAGGACGCCUGGCCGAGAUUGAGGACAGCGCGGGCGGUCUUUUGGAACAGCUCGAGUCCAGGGUCCGGAUGCAGAACGAGAGGCUGGCAAGGUGGGACACCUUUCGCAGGGACACAUUCGGCCAACCGGCCCAGGCGUCUGCAUCGCCGCUGAGGAAGCGGCCGCAGCAGAACAGGCCGGUCCAAGGCAUUGAUUUCCGCUUCUCGGAGCACCAGCACUGCCAAGUAGGCAACGCCGCCGAUCUCCGCGCUUCCAACACGAGCGAGGGGCCGAGGAUCGUCCCCAAACACAAGGAAGUGCUCGACGGGCUGCAAGCCGAGCUGGCCAAGAUUAAGCGUGCUGGCGUCACCGUCUCCGACUUUGCGAGGAAGGGCACCUCAACCGAUCAUGAGGCAUCGCCUGGGAGCGUUUCGCCCGGACUGCCUGGAGACGGCGGGGAGAUGAGCGACCUCGACGACCAAGCCUACGAACCUGAGCCGAUCCCCGUGCGUACCAACAGGACGAGGCUGCAAAGUCUGACAAGACAUGCCGUCGAGCCGCAAAUCACAGCGCUCUCCGAGAUAUUCUCCCACUCCGCCUCGACGCGAUCCUCGCCCUCCCCACGCCAAGACCGAAGAAACAGCACGCGCGCUCAUGACGUGUACAUCCGCCCUCUGGAAGACGACGACGACCAAGACAUUGAGCCUCCUCCAUCUCCAACGCAAAACAUGGCAAACGAAAUCCUGGAUUCAAUGGACCAGCAGUCCCCUUCGCCAAUCAAGCGAACCCAACCCAGACCAACGCUCUCCCUAGCCCAGAGGACCCGUCUCUCCAUGGCGGGCAGCCACUCUCCGUUCCUGGACGAGGAACCAGAGCCAGAGCUGCCGCUCGGACCAGCGGCCCCCUGCGACAGCGCCAAAGGCGGGCCCGCGCCCGUCUCGCCGAGCGCGGAACCCGAACCCCUGGAUCUGGCGAGCAGGACGCGUCUCAGCAUGGCGGGCUUCGAGCAAGCCCAGAAGAAGGCGCAGCUUGAGCGACGCAGGUCCCUCCGGAGGCCGAGGGCGCUGCCGAGGAAAGAGGGGAGUUGCUUCCCAGCAGUGGCGGAGGAAUCAGUCCGAGACCACGCCAAGCUGGCCGAGGAGCUGAUGCUGGAGGAGGAUAUGGAGGCCGUGUUCAAGUCGCGGCCGAGGAUCAAGGCCAGCCCAGUGGGGAGCCCUGAGUGGUGA